AUGCCACCCGUGGUUUUACAAGACUAUUCCGCGCGAUUCACUUUUCGCUUACAGUCCGAUCUGAAACUGGAAAGUUCGCCCGAUGGAAAAGCCAAACGGAAGCCAGGAAACUCCGCGGUCUUGUUCACCAUGACCGAAGAAGUUGGUGCUUUGGCAAAAGCUUUGAAAAUUCUCAACUCCGAUCUGAAACUGGAAAGUUCGCCCGAUGGAAAAGCCAAACGGAAGCCAGGAAACUCCGCGGUCUUGUUCACCAUGACCGAAGAAGUUGGUGCUUUGGCAAAAGCUUUGAAAAUUCUCAACGAGCAGAAAGUGAACUUGAAGCACAUCGAGUCGCGGCCUUCGAAACGCCGCCCCGAGGAUUCUUACGACUUCAUGAUCGAGUGCGAUCACACCGAGGGCAAUGUGGAGCAAGCUAUCAAGGAUCUGAAGGAAAUCAGUCACCAUGUCCAAUACAUCACCGAGGACGAGGAAAAAACUGACUCGGAUGCAGUUCCAUGGUUUCCCGAAAAAAUCAUGGAUUUGGACAGAUUCUCCAACCGAAUCUUGUCAUACGGAGCAGAAUUGGAAUCGGACCACCCGGGAUUCACGGAUCCGAUUUAUUUGUACAAGACUCACGCUUGCAAGGAAUUCAAUUAUGUUUUCCCGCUCUUGAUCGAGAAUUGUGGCUACAGGGAGGAUAAUAUCCCACAACUUCAGGGAGUUUCGGAUUUCCUGAAAAGCAGACGACCUUCUUACACACCCGAACCCGACGUUUGUCACGAAUUACUGGGACACGUGCCUUUGUUCGCCGAUCCCGCGUUUGCCAAAUUUUCGCAAGAACUUGGAUUGGCGUCCCUCGGUGCUCCGGACGAAGACGUCGAAAAGCUUGCGACGUGCUACUGGUUCACAAUCGAGUUCGGGCUUUGCCGAGAAGCGGAUGGAGUGAGGGCAUACGGCGCCGGGCUGCUGUCGAGCUUCGAAGAGCUGCAGUACUGCUUGUCAGACAAGCCGCAGAAGCUGCCGAAAUACGCAACGACAAUUCAGAGACCGUUUAUGGUUCAUUAUGACCCUUACACGGAAAGCGUCCAGAUCCUCAACUCCAAGAACCAGAUCGAGAAUCUGAUCCGAAACAUCAGCUACGACGUGAACCAGUUGCUCAUGGCGGUGUCGAAAAUGUGA